AUGGGCAACAUCAGUAAGAGGAAUGAAAUGCCUCAAAAAUUCAUUCUCGAAGUCGAAAUCUUUGAUGUAUGGGGAAUUGAUUUCAUGGGACCUUCCCCAACUUCUUUCGGAAACCAAUACAUCUUAGUAGCGGUAGACUAUGUCUCUAAAUGGGUAGAAGCAGUCGCCAGCCCUACUAAUGAUGCAAAAGUGGUUAUAAAGCUGUUUAAAUCAAUCAUUUUCCCUCGUUUUGUAGUUCCUCGAAUUGUGAUAAGCAAUGGAGGAUCCCAUUUCAUCAAUAGAGUCUUCGAAAAUCUGCUAAAAAAGAAUGGAGUCACGCAUAAAGUUGCAUCUCCAUAUCACCCUCAAACAAGUGGACAAGUGGAAAUCUCUAACAGAGAGAUCAAGUCGAUUUUACAAAAGACAACUGGCUUAAAUCGCAAAGAUUGGUCUGAAAAACUCGACAAUGCACUUUGGGCAUACAAAACUCCUUUAGGGACCAUGCCGUUCAACCUUGUUUAUGGAAAAGCAUGUCACCUCCCUGUAGGGCUUGAGUAUAAAUCACAAUGGGCUAUUAAGGAGACAAACAUGGACUUUAAGGCAGCUGGAGAAAGAAGAAUGCUUCAAAUGCACAAAUUAGAAGAAAUCCGCCAAAACGCCUACGAAAACUCCAAGAUAUACAAGGAGAAGACGAAGGUUUUUAAGCGAAGAACGAAUAAGAGGUGA